AUGGUGACUACUGACUGUAGCCUAUUGCAUCCUUGGUCAGAUAAUGACUUUACUCCAUGCUUUAGAGAAACAAUCAUAGAUGCCGCUAUUCCUUUGGCGAUUUUGGUUUGGUCCAUUGGCUCCAUUGUUACGAUAUCUUAUAAAUAUAAAAAAUUAAGAUCUUCUUUGUAUACACCUUUGAAAACCAAUCUUUCUACAUCAAACUCUUAUGGUGCCACUACUACUACUACCAAUGCCAAUGACGAACAUGUUACUGGUGAUACUGCUUCUGAUGCCACUGUUCAUUCUUAUGAAGAAAAGCCAACUCAAUGGACAGUGUUUAGUUGGUCAAGAUUAUUAGCUCUUUUACAAUGUAUUAUCUAUUGUAAUGCUCUUGUCAACGUUUAUUUCGAAACGUACGUGGCGGAUCCUUUGGUAGAGGGAACGACUACAAAUUUGUUGAUCAUGUAUGCCGCACAAUCUUUCUUUUGGAUCUAUUGUUCUCUUUUGGCUGUGAUCAACUUAUCAUUAUCUCAAAAUGCUAAAUCCAUUGCUGAUGUAGUCUGUCAACAACUCAACAUCCUUUAUUUGGUGCACUUCUUGAUUGGUUCCAUCGAUUUACACUCAUUCUAUACCGUCUACGAUUAUUCAAAGGUCUCCAAUGGUUACAGUAUCUCUUUUUAUACGACCAUGAUCUCCUUGAUUUUAUUGAUCUUUAUUAUUAAUGAAGAACGUCAUGCUCCUUCUGAACCUGUGAUCACUGAUACGGGUCGUGCAUUAUCUGGGGAAGGUUGGGCAUCUAUCUAUUCCAAAUUCAUGUUCAGUUGGGUGAACGUGAUGAUGAAGCUUGGUUACAAAGGAACUGUGAAUGAGCAAGAUUUGAUCGAAUUACCUCCUAACAACCGUACAAAGAACGUGUUGACUGAUUUCUACCGCAAUAAACGUGCAACAAUGAAACUAUCCUUGUUUUAUACCUUUCGUUGGCCGUUAUUUGUGCAAACUGUUUAUGCCUUGGUAUGGUCUGUGAUUAUCUUUGGUCCAGCUCUCUAUUUGAACAAAAUUAUUAAAUUUAUCGAAAAUCCUGAUUCUGGGGAACCUGUAUUAACAGCAUUUGUCUAUGUUUCUGGUCUCUUUAUCACUUCUUCUAUUCAAUCUCUGGCUAUGCAGCAAGCUCUUUAUAUUGGCCGUACGUUGGGUAUUCGAAUUCAAGCUAUUAUUAUUGGAGAAGUAUUCGGAAAAGCACUACGACGACGCGACAAUGGUGGAUCAUCAUCUACUGAUAGUACCAAAGAAAAAGAAGAAAAUCCGGAAUCUGGUGAUAUCAACAAUUUAUUAUCUGUCGAUGCACAAAAGAUUGGUGAAUUGACUGCUUACAUCUUUUACGCUUAUUCUUAUCCUCUUCAAAUCGGCAUCUGUAUCGUGGCUCUCUAUCGACUUUUGGGAACAGCAGCUCUUUGGGGUGUAUUAGUCAUGGCACUUUCUCAACCUCUUACGUAUUUGGCCAGUCGACAAUUCGAAAAAUCUCAACGUACUGUGAUGAGUGCAACCGAUAAACGAUUAAAACUAAUGAAUGAACUGUUGGCCGCCAUUCGUAUUGUGAAAUUCUUUGCUUGGGAAAAGGAAUUCAGAAAACGCCUGGUGGAUGCAAGAGAAGUCGAACUCAAAGCUGUCCGCCAUCGAUUGUUUAUGAUGAUGUGGAUGAUGAACAUCUGGUUUGUGAUUCCUAUCUUGAUCAUGGUGGUUGUAUUUUAUGUGUAUACUCUGCAAAAUGCCCUGUCUGCUGCCACUGCGUUCACUGCUUUGGCGCUCUUCAUCACCUUCCGUUCUGCUUUGGAUGAAUUCCCUUUCAUCAUCUCUUUUAUUUUGCAAGCGAAUGUGUCUUUGGGUCGUGUGGAAAAGUUCUUACAAGAAGAUGAAGUGGAAAUUGUACCUCAAGUUGGUCAUCCUUCAGGAACUUAUAUUGGUUUUAUCAAUAAUGCUACAUUUGGCUGGCAAGAUCCGAAUGCGUCCUCCAAGAAUGAUGGCGGCGUUGCCACUCCUCCUAUUGCUUCUCUCAAAAAUUUGAACCUCUCUUUCCCUCGAAAUAAGCUCUCCAUUAUUUGUGGUCCUACUGGAUGUGGUAAAAGUACUCUUCUUUCAAGUUUAUUCGGUGAAACUUAUUGUUAUAAUGGUUCUGUUGUACUUCCUCCUCGUCCUGCUCUCCAUCAUCGUCAUCAAUUAGGUGGCGCUGUCUCGGGUAUUGCCUAUGUUGCUCAAACAGCUUGGUUACAAAAUUGUAGUAUUCGUGAUAACAUCUUGUUUGGAUUGGAUUAUGAUGAAGAACGUUAUGCCAAAGUGUUAUAUAUGACAGCUCUUACAAGAGAUUUGGAUAUUCUUGAAUUUGGUGAUCAAACUGAAGUUGGUGAAAAAGGUGUUAGUUUAUCAGGUGGUCAAAAACAAAGACUUGCUAUUGCUCGUGCUGUCUACUCAAAUGCUGAAACCAUUGUUCUUGAUGAUUGUCUCAGUGCUGUGGAUGCUCAUACAGCCAAACAUUUGUAUGAUAAUUGCAUAAGAGGUGAGCUUAUGAUCGAUCGUACUAUUAUCAUGGUAACACAUUAUGUUGGCCUUUGUCUUGGUGGAGCAAGUUAUGUUGUUGCCUUAAAAGGUGGAAAUGUGGUAGCGGCUGGUAAUCCUCAAGAUGUUUUACAAACGGGUGCUCUAGGUGAUGAAUUAAUUCAUGCAAAGGAUCAGGUCGAAGACGCUGAAGAAGAAAAAGCUGAAGAAGGUCCUAUUCCAUCUGUACCAAAACGUGCCAAGGUGGCUAAAACAGGUGAAGGUAGCAAGUUGAUCAAAGAUGAAGUGCGUGCUGAAGGUGGUGUACCUCUAUCUGUUUAUGCAACCUAUUUCUUUGCUUCUGGUGGUUAUGUCUUUUGGUUUGCCGUGGUAUUUUUCUUCUGCCUUACUGAAGCUACUGUAUUGGGUCAAGAUUAUUGGAUCAAGGUCUGGGCUAGUGCUUAUAAUUUGGUGAACAACAAUGGUACUUCCACUGGUUCUUCCACUUUAUUAUUCUCUGUCUCUCAACUCGGAUCUUUUGACAAUGGCGCUUCCAUGAAUUUUGGUAUCUCUAGAGAUAGUCACUUUGACCUUACAAUGACUGAUGCCAAACUGAACGAUCCUCAAGCCGUUAAUGUCAAAUACUAUUUAGGCAUCUAUUUUGCAAUUGGUAUGGUAGCUCUACUCGUGGCUUCUUUACGAUUACUUAUCCUCUAUACUGGUUCCAUCAACGCAUCUCGUCGUAUUCACUCGCAAUUACUUGAUCGUAUUUUACGUGCCAAGGUUCGAUUCUUUGAUACUACACCGAUGGGUCGCAUUGUUAAUCGGUUCUCUUCGGAUUUGGAAACCAUUGAUCAAGAAGUAUCUCCUCAACUUUCUUUUUUGAUGUUCUCUGUUGUGUCAACUGUGAUGGUGGUGAUUGUGGUAACAGCUGUGACACCUGCAUUCCUUGUCCCUGGUUUCUUCAUCAGUAUUCUCUACUGGUUUAUUGGUAUCUACUAUCUCCGAACCUCUCGUGAUCUCAAGCGACUUAAUGCUAUCUCUCGUAGUCCUAUCUAUACUCAAUUCAACGAAAGUGUUAACGGUGUGGCAACCAUCCGUGCUUUUGGAUGUCAAGAACGAUUCAUUCUAGAAAACUUUAACAAGGUGGAUAAUAAUAAUCGACCUUUUAUUUGGAUGUGGGCUACCAAUCGUUGGUUACAUUGUCGUGUAGAACUUCUUGGUGCAUUUGUUGGAUUCUGUACUGGCUUUGUUUUGAUACUUUCACGGAAUUGGGUGGAUCCUGGUCUAGCUGGUCUUUCUCUUAGUUAUGCUCUCAACUUUACAUCACAUAUUCUUUGGGUGGUACGCAACUAUGCUAUGAAUGAAAUGAAUAUGAAUGCGGUGGAACGUGUUGGUGAAUAUCUGGCAUUGGAAGAAGAACCUGCGACACAUAUUCCUGAAACCAUGCCUCGUGCAAGCUGGCCUGAAACUGGAUCCAUUCAAGUCGAUCAUCUUGUUGUCAAGUAUGCACCUGAAAAUCCUGCAGUAUUACGUGAUGUGUCCUUUGAUGUCAAGCCUCGUGAAAAAGUAGCGAUUGUUGGACGUACUGGAAGUGGUAAAAGUACAUUUGCAUUAUCUCUAUUCCGAUUUAUGGAAGCAACUAGUGGGAAGAUUUCUAUUGAUGGAAUAGAUAUUUCGACAAUUGGACUGGAUGAUUUGCGUUCUCGACUGACGAUUAUUCCUCAAGAUCCUGUUCUCCUCAGUGGUACUUUACGAAGCAAUUUGGAUGCGUUUGAUCAAUAUGAUGAUGCUACAUUAUGGAAGGCUUUGAAACGAUCUCACUUGAUUGAUAACAAUAAUGGUGAUAAUCAAGAUGUCACUCUUGAUACAGUGGUAGCGGAAGGUGGCAAGAACUUCUCUCAAGGACAGCGUCAAUUGAUUGCUCUUGCUCGUGCUUUGGUCAAGAAAUCGGCAUUGAUUGUAUUGGAUGAAGCGACUUCGUCUGUGGAUUUUGAAACGGAUCGAUUAAUUCAGAAUACAAUCCGUACUGAAUUUGCUGAUUCUGCUAUUCUUUGUGUGGCUCAUCGAUUGAAGACGAUUAUUGAUUAUGAUCGUGUAUUGGUACUUGAUCAGGGUCAAGUGAAAGAAUUCGACACUCCUUAUGCCUUGAUGACGAAUGAUGGUGGGAUUUUCCAACAAAUGUGUCAACGUAGUGGUCAAUAUUCAGAACUUUUAGCUUUGGCUCAAGAAAAACACAAUUCUUUAGAAUAGACUCUUCGACUUUUUCAUUUUAUUAUUAUUAUUAUUAUUAUUUAUUAUCUGCAUCUUCUAUCUUUCUCUCUCUCCUUUAUAUACAUAUCUUUUUUUUUUAUUUCAUAUAUCGUUUUUGAUUUAUCUGCAUUAAACAUAUCAAUGAUCUUCUCAUUAUUAUUGUUAUUACUUUUAUGCAUAGGUGUAUAAUUAGGUUGAUGAAUGAAGCUUUUUUUUUUUUUCUUGUUUCCUAGUUUU